CAGCCAAGUGGACACUUGAGGCACUGCAGUUCUUUGCACUCCCAAAUUGGCUUCAUUUUCCAACACUGAAGGUUGAUAUUUGUCUGUUUUUCCUCUUCAGGAUGGACAGUUAAACAUUACUGGUAACCCUGUAUGGUGUGGAGGAAUGAGGGCCUCUGGAUGAAGGCCAUGGAGCUGAAAGUGUGGGUGGAUGGAGUCCAGCGCAUCGUGUGCGGGGUCACAGAGUUCACCACAUGCCAGGAGGUGGUCAUUGCUUUGGCUCAAGCCAUUGGACGAACUGGUAGGUACACCUUGAUCGAAAAAUGGCGCGAAACAGAACGUCACCUGGCCCCGCAUGAGAACCCUGUGGUAUCCCUCAACAAGUGGGGUCAGUAUGCCAGCGAUGUCCAGCUCAUCCUUCAACGGACCGGCCCCUCUGUCAGCGAGCGGCCGACGUCUGACGGGCAGUCUCGCGUCCCAGAGCGGAGCUUCUACCGGCAGAGCCUGCCUCCUUUGGCCAAGCUCCGCCCAUCAGGGACAGACCGCUCGCUCAAAAGAAGGGAACCCAAGCGCAAGUCUCUGACCUUUACUGGAGGGGCAAAGGGUCUGAGGGACAUAUUUGGGAAAGUCAGAGAUGCUGAAGCCAAACAGAGCCAGCAGCGUGGUGUGAGUCUCAAUCUGAACAGGGUUGGAGGUGUUGGAGUAGCGUCCGUACCUGGGAGUCCAUCCAGAGAGCUGAGCCGGUUGGUGCAGCUGCAGAGAGACAAACUUCAGGCCCUGGAGAGUCGUCUGCUGGGCUGCAAGGCAGAGCUGCGAGACUGGGAGGAGGCCACCGGCGAGUCCAAUGAAGAGGCACAUUUAGAAGAGGAGCUGCUGCUUUUAGAACAGCAGGUGAGGAGGAACGAUGCAGAGAUGGAGGAGGAGGAAUUCUGGCAGAACGAGCUGCAGAUCGAGCAGGAGAGCGAGCGACAACUCCGGCAACAGCUCGCCGAGCUGCAGGGCGGCGUGCGCGACUGUGAGGCCAAGCUCUCAGAGUACUUAACACGCAUACAGAGUAUGGAGGCAGGUCUCCAACAGGAGCAGCAGCUGCAGGAGGCGGAGCUUAACCAGAAGGUCAAUGAGGAGGAGGUGCAAUCACAGCUGGAGAAAAUGAGCACAGAGCUGGAAAAGCAGAGCCAACACACAGCCCGGCUGGAGAGCAGCUGCAAGGCGUUGGAACGCUCACUUGGCCAGUCCAGCCAGAGAUUACAGGAAAAAGAGCAGGAGCUGGAGCAGCUGACAAAAGAGCUCCGACAGGUCAACCUGCAGCAGUUCAUUCAGCAGACUGGUACCAAGGUCACCGUGUUGCCUGCUCUGCCUGCAGGAAAAAACAACAAAGGCACAUAUACACUCUCAUAUAACAGAUACUCUAUUACUCUCCAGAUCACCAUGUUUAAAUAUGAAAAAAGUUCAAUUUCAUGGCUAAACACAUUCAAACUAAGAUGCUUUGAUAACAAACGUUGUUUUCACAUUGUUGUGUACACAGUGCCACCCUGUGGUCAUCCUGAGAAUGACAUGUUUGAUGACAUAUUUGCUGUGCUCCAGAAGCUUAAGUCUCUAACCCCAUUACAUGGACCAAAUCUGUGGCAGCUCUAAAAACGCUGCAAGACUUUAACAGUGACUCAGAAGAAAAUCCUUUUUCUCAUUCUCAAAAGAUUUAACCUCCAGCUGAAAUAUGUACAAUAAGCUGAGAAGUAGAUAGAUCCCAGAUGGAAAGAGUAGUUCAAAGGUCAAACUGUAAAAUCAAAGUGUGUGCCUUGUCCUUGACUGCUUCUAUUGUUUUGCUACAGAAGUGGAGUCUGGUUCUCUGAAGCGACUUGGCUCUUCUCGGCUCUUGCCCAGCGACCUCCGCACUCUUCAAAGCACUGUGUCCUCCAGCCUCAACCCCGAGGGCAUCUAUGUUUGACCCUUAAAAAGACUGUGUUCAGCCUGCAGCUUGAUUGGAUGUUACCAGGACCUCAAACUUAACUUCACAAACUGCUGAAAAAAAAAGUGAGGACGAUGUUAAAACAUCUUAAGAAGGAUGAAGACAGUUCUGAGAGAAAGAGUUUCAUAUGUUUUGCUUCUUUUUCCAUCUUUGAUGUCAGUAUUCAUUAGCUGUUAAAAUCACUCUCAAGUCUACAAAAGCUCAAUUUUAACAGUUCAAAACAAAUACCAGCUAGCAGAAGUAUUGUUGUCAAACAGUGAAGAUUCACUUGAUUUUGAUGUUAGUUAAUCUUCAUUUCAUUUAUUAAAGGUCACAUUUGAUGCAUAUUAUGCAUGUUUUUCUAACAGGAAUAUGUGUCCCUAGCCUGUCCACAAACCCCGCUAAUUAUGAGAAAAGUAUUUUACCUGCUCCACCUUUAAGAAAAUGUCUGCUCAAACAGGCCGUUUGGAGAUUUUCCCUUUGUGACAUCACCCCAGGUGGGUGACUCUCCGACAGUCUGCCUUCUCACUGUAAACAAUAGGGCAUGGUGCAAGAAAGUCAAGGCCAUCUCCUUCCAGAGAGGGGGCGUGGUCAGACACAGCUCAUUUACAUAUUUAAAGGUACAGACACAGAAACGGCCUGUUCGGAGCAGGGCUGAAAUAGAGGGGUUUAUAGACAUGAUCAAAUACAGGAUCAGAGUGGAUCAAGAAAGUAGAACAAGAAACUUCACACACAUGUUUUGAGGAGCUCUGAGACUUAUUUACACUGGUUGAUAAAGAGUAUAGUGUGUGACUUUUAAAAUAUGAGAAGAAGAAGAAGAUAUACUUUAUUGAUCCCGUGAGGGGGAAUUCAAUUUUACACUCUGUUGUUGAACAUGCUACACACACAUAUAAGCUGACAUACACACACAUGCACAAACAGGAUCCUCUGGACAUGCACUAAUGGAGAGAUGUCAGAGUGACGGAGCUGCCCACAGGGGGCGCUCUUGAGCUGGUGGGCACUUCGGCAGUGCUCAGGAAGUGAGUGAUAAAGACAUUUGUAAACAUACUCCACUGCACGAGCAUGUACAAACACCUGUGCUACUAGCACAGCCAUAUCUGAUGCCUUACUCUGCUGUUGUCUAAACCAGGUGUCAUGAAGUCUAAGGUUAAGAAAGAACUCAAGGGAGAUCAUGAACUAUGCGCAAAUAUAUCAUUGAUGAAAUACUUCCAAGCACCACUUCAGGUGAUUCAUUGUCAUGGUAACUGAUGUCAGCAUUACUGAACACUUUCUCUUUUUUACGCAACCUUGAUUAUUUGUAUAAUUUUUUUUUUGGUGAUAAAUUAGCUUUUUGUGUUCGAUGAAAAGGGGAAUAAGCAAAAUGAAGAGAAGAUAGGAGAAACUUCAACUAUUUACUAUUCGACGUUUUAUGGGUGAAAAAUCUUGAUUUGUUUUUGUAUAAGAGACAUUUAUAUCUUCUUUUUCUCAGUUGAACAUUUUCACAAACUUUUGAUUUGUUAACAGUGACCUGCUUUUCCCCAUUCUGACCACCAGGUGGCAACAAUCAUAUACUAUUCAGAAAGUUCACUUUGGGAAAGUUGCUCCUGGCAUGAUGUCAUCUGUCUUCAUGACUGUAUUUGACUGUGCACAUUAUUUGAUGACAAAACCUCAGAAAAAGAGAUGUCAUUGUUUAAUCUGAGGUAUCUAACAUAUUUUAUUCAUUAAGCAGGGACUCCAACCCCACACAUCCUCUUUUUUUCUAAUAUUAUAACAAACUAAAAAUGUCUCACAUGAACCAAAGCUAGUGUUAAAACAAAACUAGUUAGAUGAAUGUACUUCUUUUUAUAUGUAUGCAGUGUAUCACCUUUAUUCAAAUAGUAGUUACACAUGUUGAGAUGGAGACACAGGAUAAAACAGAAAACUGAAUGUUUCACAAACGUGACAAAAUAAGUCAGCAGCCAGUCUCCGAAAAUAUUUCCUGAUCAAAUGAAGACUCUUACAACAGAGAGACCAGAACACAACAUAUUUGGAUAUUUCAUGAUUUGAUCUGUUCUGGGUUGUGAUUCAUAAUUAUGAUCACAGCUCUCAGGACAUUUUUCCUUCAAAUACAACCAACAUGCUUUUUUAGCUGUGAAUCAUUUCUGAGUCUGUGGCUGUAUAUCAAACAUGUAGAAAAGAUUGCCCCCCCCCCCCCCCCCCCCCCUCCCCCCUCUUUUUUUAGGCAUUACCGUGCUUUGGGCUGUGAAAAUUACACUGGAAUUAAAAUUCAAUUCCAUUUGGAAAAUUGGAGAUUCACAAUUUUCUUCUUUGACAACAGAAAACUUUAGUUAACACCUGAGAACAGACUGAGAGUGUUUAAAGAAACACCAUACUUUUACUCAUUAGCUGUUUUAGGUUAUCCAUUUCAUUUUCUGUAUUAUCCUUUUUGCUUCCUUUCAAAGGGAAAUGAUGCAUUCACCAAGCUAGAAUAAAAUAGUUACAAGUAGCCCAACCUUUACCAGUUACAACAUUAAAAACAUACUAACAUCAUUUUAAUCAUAUGAUAUCUUUCUGGAAGGGGCUUUUCCAUCUCGACGGUACCUGAUUAUAUUUACUCACUGAUGUGUGUCCAUUAUUUGUUUAGCAUGACUUUUUAUUUAUCAUGUGUAUUUCUGCAUCUACUCUACUUUUCAACAAAUUCACUACUCUUUUCCCCCCCCCCAAAACCUAGUUUACAACCACAAGCUUUUAAAUGAUUAAUUGCUGCAAGCUGAAUUUCCUAUUGGCCCGUGUUUGAGCCAAUAGGAAGCAGCUUGUGUUUGCACUGUGAGUGCACGUUAAAGUGUGAGGGAUCUUUCUUUGUCGUUUACUCUGCAGUGCAAAGACAACCAGAGGAAAACUCCCCCCACACUACGAUCGUCAUGACAACACCUUCAGUUUCAACGUCUGUUCAUACUUCCAUUUCAAUAAUGGCAUGCCUUACUGUUAUCAGUAACCAGAAAUGUAAAUAAGGUCUACAUAUCACUCUAUCAAAGUAGAUUGGAGUGUGAAAUAUGCAGAGUGCCAGAGAGGGGAGAUUUUAAUGGUAUCUCAGUGUGCAUGCAAUAAUGUGUGAUUGGUCUUAUUCCACCAGUUCUUCUGUGAUUAAUUGUGUUUUUGGUUUGUUGUGUCCCCUUUUGCCUUGUUGACAUUUACACUGAUGGAGAUUAAGCUUUGGUAAAGAGCAGGCCAACAGGUCAGUGCAUAAUAGCAACAUUUUAACAAACCAGCACAUGGUUUUCAAACCUUUUUUAUUCAAGUCUGGAAAAGACAAUAUACAUACAUGGAUGUAAGACAAAUCUACAUUUCUUUGAAACAUGGCAGAAGUUUCCGGAAAUUUCUGGCUGUAUCUAUUUUUUUUUUUACUCUUGUCUUUGAGACAUUGCCAUUGUGUUUCUGUUGUGCCAUCAAUGAUGUUUUUUUUUAUAUAUAUAAUAAUGCAACAAUGCAGCCAUUGUGAAAAGAGCCAUGAAGUGGUUUUGAAAGUCAUUUUAGAAACGUGUGGCUCAGGGAUGUUUCAAAAUGGAACAUUGUCUAAGAAAGAAUAGGCAGAAAGUAAAAAUGCUUUUUAUGAUGUCUGAAGCCAUUUGACAAGUUAAAUCAAAUUACCUCUCAUGGGAACUUGAGUUUAACAUGUAGCAUUGGCUCUAAAACAAUAAAAAAUAUUAUGGAAUGAGGAUUUGGCUAAGAGAGGAUUGUGACUUUUCUUUGAAAAAGAAAGUGUUUCUGGUGGCUCAUGGUACAUGUAGUAAUACACGUUCUCUCUUGUAUAAAGAUACAUGUACAGUAAGCUACAAGAGUGAAGAAGACAUGGCAACUCAUCAAAUGUGUUUACAUGAGCAUUUCACUUUAAACAUCCUGCGGGCUAAUAUCACCGGCUUACAUGAACUCAACAAUCACACAAGAGAAAUGAUUGUGUAUGUGAUUUUGUAUUGUUUUGUAAUGUACCUAGCCUACUUUAUUUUUAGCUCUCAGAAUGUUACCAAUUUAUUCUUUGGGUCAGCAACAAUGAAGACAGGAACAUCCAAUUCAAGAACAAUGUAAAAUAAUAAAUGAAUAAAAUAUAUUUAAAGCAA